AUGUCGGAAAAGAAAGACACCCCUAAUGUACCGGCGAAGAAGAACACGUCAUCCUUUCUCGUUGACUUUUUGAUGGGUGGUGUUUCCGCCGCCGUGUCAAAGACCGCUGCUGCUCCUAUUGAACGUGUCAAACUUCUUAUUCAAAACCAGGAUGAGAUGAUCAAGAGCGGUCGUCUUGCCCAACCCUACAAGGGUAUUGCUGAUUGUUUUUCCCGAACGAUGAAGGAUGAAGGUGUAAUCAGUCUCUGGCGUGGUAACACCGCCAACGUUAUUCGAUAUUUCCCCACCCAGGCCUUGAACUUUGCAUUCAAGGAUAAAUUUAAGCGAAUGUUCAAUUUUAAAAAAGAGAGAGACGGUUACGCUAAGGUCUUUUUCGGUAAUAUUGCAUCGGGUGGCGCUGCCGGUGCCGUGUCUUUAACCUUCGUCUAUUCUCUUGACUAUGCUCGAACCCGUCUUGCCAACGAUGCCAAGUCAGCUAAAAAGGGCGGCGAACGUCAAUUCAAUGGCCUUGUUGACGUUUACCGUAAGACCAUUAAAUCGGAUGGUAUCGUUGGUCUUUACAGAGGAUUCAACAUUUCAUGUGUUGGUAUCAUAAUCUAUAGAGGUCUUUACUUCGGUAUGUUCGACUCUCUGAAACCCAUUGUCCUAACUGGACCCCUCCGCGAUAACUUCGCCGCAUCAUUCUUACUUGGCUGGUCCGUCACUAUUGGAGCGGGUCUCGCAAGUUACCCUAUAGACACAAUACGACGUAGAAUGAUGAUGACGUCCGGAGAGGCCGUUAAAUACAAGUCAUCUUAUCAUUGCUUCAAGGAAAUCGUAUCCAAAGAAGGAACCAAGUCUUUGUUCAAGGGUGCAGGUGCUAACAUCCUUCGUGCUAUUGCCGGUGCUGGUGUUUUAGCCGGGUAUGAUAAACUUCAAGUUAUCUUCUUAGGCAAAGCCUACUCUG